AUGCCGAAAGGCACAGUAAGAGUGAGAUCGGGUUGCAUGGAGUUAUGGACUUUGCCCCUGAGCGAGAAGGGGGGGUUGGAAGACUAUUGCCAACCGAUAUAUGGCGCACAGGGAGAGAAUGAUGCCAGCAUGACAUUAGUGUUGCAGUCUCUAGCACAUCAAGACAAGUAUUCCGCAACACCAACAUUGCAACAUUGUGGUGGCCCUGGCAAGUGGAUUACUCAAGGUGCAACGAGACUUGCUCAUUUGAUUGCCAGUGCGACUGAGUGUCCAAAUGGUGGUUGCGGUGGUUUACAGUGCCUGGAAAUCGUGUAUGUCUGCCCGUACAAUCGUGAAAUUGUCGCAGAGGACGUCUGGCGUGUCGACAUGGCUGAUGUAGCCUUUGCAUCAUCGUUCUUGCUUGCGAAUGAUCACGACACGGCAAAUAUGGGACUCUCGUCGCCUCAGUAUAGUAUGAAGAAGAGGCAGGAGAUGCAGCUGCAGGUCUGGCAGACGCUCCCAUUGCAAGGGAUCGAGACGCCGAGAAAGAUGAUGGCGACCAGAUCUUUCGGAGGAGAAGCCUGCUUGGUUGAUACUUUCACGUCAUCCUCCACCCGCUGCAUCGACGAUUUGAACGCAACUGUUCUAGCCAUCUUAGGGCAGAGGCCAACAGCCGGUGCAUCACAUUUUGGCGUGCAAACCCCCCCAGCGGCGGUUGAAGGACAGAGAGAGGGGAGGGGCAGCUGGCAGGGCUCUAUCUGCGGUGCUGUCCGAAGUUCAGAGGGCCGAGUGAGUGUCCAACACCUCGCAUAG